CCACCAGCCUUUUCAUGUUUUCCUGAAAAAAAACCGCGGAAUUCUUUACACCUAUUUUGGAAGAAGGAGCAGGAUGAGGCUGCUGGCACUUGUUGGAGAAAAAGGGUAGGCAGGAGCACUAGAGAAGAGGAAACGUAUAUUUAAACCCAAACAAGCUCAGCUUGAAGAAAACAUUGGCUUUCAAUGCAGCUAUGAAUUAAGAAAAUACAAAAGAAAUUUGGAUGCUUUUUAAGAAGGGAAGGCCUGAGAGAAAGAGAGACUCAGAAAGAGCAGGAAAAUCUUGAUUCUGACCAUCACCGUCCAGAGAGGUGACAGCCCGAAACACCCAGGGGCUGCUCGUGGGAGGGUGCCCGGUCCCUCCCCAGCUCUGCCACCGCCCGCCGGCAGCUGAGUUAAAGCUUCUGCAAGGACAAAAAUAAAUACUGCUCUUCAACAGGAUUCUCACACCGUUUAUGCGAUUUCCCAUCCCCUGGCUGGUCCCUGGGGGCAGGACACCGCCUGGAAACCAUCUCGGGUUGCAGAGGUUCCGCGGAGGACCCUUGGAUCUGAGCCUGAGAGGCACAGGUUGCCUCUAGCCAGAAAAUUCAGCAUGACGGAAGCAUUCACAGACACGACACCUGAAUACAGUUAUGAUGAACAUGCUUUUACCUGCAAUAAGACUGACAUCCAAGAAUUUGGGAAAAUAUUCCUACCAAUAUUUUAUAUCGCGGUGUUUGCUCUUGGCUUCACAGGGAAUCUAAUGGUGAUUUUUGCCAUUGUGAAAGAAGGCAGUAAAAAAAGCAUAACUGACAUCUAUCUCCUGAACUUGGCUAUCUCAGAUCUUCUCUUCGUGAUCUCCCUCCCCUUCUGGGCUUCCAACACGGUGCGUGGAUGGAUUUUUGGGACUAUUCCAUGCACAGCUGUUUCCUCCCUGUAUUACAUUGGUUUCUUUGGGGGCAUGUUCUUUAUCACUGUUAUCAGUAUUGACAGAUACUUGGCCAUUGUCCGGGCAACAUACUCUCUGAAAUCCAGAACAGUGAAACAUGGCUUUCUCAUAACCUGUGGAGUAUGGGCAGUAGCGAUUUUAGUCUCAGUGCCACAUUUUGUGUUCUCCCAGCUGGUAGAAAACGACUGCAUUUCUGUCUUUCCCCAGAAGCUGGAGAACAUCUGGCCAGUGUUCUGCAAUGUCGAGCUGAACACCAUUGGCUUUAUCAUCCCAGUCUGUAUCAUAGGCUAUUGCUACUGUGGGAUCGUCAAAACCCUGCUGUUCUGCAAAAAUCAGAAAAAAACACGAGCUAUAAAGCUAGUCUUGGUUGUGGUGGUCGUGUUUUUUCUGUUUUGGUCCCCCUACAAUGUAAUGAUUUUUCUAGAGACUUUAAAGUACUAUGAAUUAUUCACAAGUUGCAACCAAAUUAAAUCAUUAGACUACGCAAUGCACCUCACCGAAACCAUUGCGUUCAGUCACUGUUGUCUCAAUCCUCUUAUCUAUGCCUUUGCUGGCCAAAAAUUCAGGAAAUACCUGUAUCGUGUCUGCUUAAAGUAUUGUCCAUGCCUGUGUUUCUGUGGCCCCUGCAGUCGCUACCAGGUCACCUCUUCAGCUAGCUAUCCAGAAAGCAUCGUGGUCAGCAACAUAACCCAGAACACCAGCGACCAGGAUGGAUCUGUCUUUGCCUAAAAGGCUCUGUGAAGAAGAAAUAUGUGUAAAUAUGUCUUCUGCAGGGCUAGCCACCGCUGGGAGAUCGCUCUUACCCAGUGUCCUGGCUUGGGGUAAAACAGACCCAACUUUCUGUUUGGUAAUUUUACUGCUUAGCUAAGCCUCUUCCAGCUCUCUGAACUUAACAGUGUAUUGUGGAGAAAACUGUUUGUUCUCAGGGUGGUAAGAACUAUGUUUGCAGUUAAUGCCACGAAAUGGUAUGCAGGGAGAGUCUUGCUCAUACUUACUAUUGUAACGACCAAGGUCAGGUAACUUCAUUAUUUGUCCCAUUGAAGGGUCAGAAAUGGAAAAGCUUAGAAGGGUCCCACCUGUGGGGAGGAGCAGACAGGACGGGUGACCCAAAACUGACCAACAGGGUGUUCCAUCCCAUCUGCCCCAUGCUCAGUAUAAAAGCUGAGGGAUCAAAGGCUCAGCCUCUUUCUUCAGUGGCUGACAUCUGAGGAGGACCCUGUCUGUUCAUCUGCCUUUGAUCCAAAUCCCUGCAUUCCUGACUCUAGAUCUGGAAUCCAGCUCCCGUCCGUCACCAAGUCCAGUUUGGGACUUCCCCAGUCCAGGGACAUCAUCCUGGGACCUUGAUAUGGUUUCGUACAUAUUAUAUGUAUUUAGUUCCUUCUAAACUCCUAAAUCUCUUUACCUCUUCUCCUCUCCUGGGGGAGAGCAUCUGUCAUCCAUCAUUGGCCAAUCCAGCCUAAACCACACCAGACUUUUUGGCACCCAACGUGGGGCCCGAACGCAUGACCCUUGCCAAAUAUAUUGCAUGGUUUAUUUGCUGUUUGUGUUUGUAUGCGGUGCUUUAAGCCUGCUAUUUUGGUGUGGAUUGGCAUUCAGAUGUAUAAUAUAAUUACUUGGAUAAUGGUUCUACCUGCACAUCUCGGGUGUCACGUGAAUGAUUCUUUUAUUAAUUACACUUUCGGUUUU